GCGUCUUGAUACGCGCCGCGCAGGCCACAGCCUCGAACGGUGGGCCGCAUGCGACUUGCAGACACUACCAUUGCCUUGCUUGUAUAGGAAAUUCGCCUAGCCAUAUAUUCCGUUACCCAACGUCAACGGAGAUGGCGACUCUCACGAACGGCUUUUUAUCAAAGGCACAUCGGUUUUUCACUUAUCUAGGAGUUUUUUAUGCCGUCGGAAUUCUGCUACUGGGUAUACCCACCAUACAACGAUAUGUAUUGUACCAGCAUAUAUUCCGCUGGCCGCUCUUUACGGAUUUCAAUAUCCCGGAAAGCUCUGGUCUUGCGCCGGGAAAGACUUUGAACCUGAAACUGUCGACGUCUGACAACAUCACUUUGGGGGCAUGGUUCAUACUCUCCGAUGGAUAUUACCAAAGGAACUUCCACGCUAACGGCCCAGAUGUCCCUCCAAUCACUCUAGAUGUUGCUGCCAAUGCACUGCGGAAACGACCUACUAUAUUAUAUCUUCAUGGCACUGCUGGAAACCGUGCGACACCUUCGCGUAUCCAUCAUUACUCUCGAUGGACGUCGCGUUUGCAGGUCAAUGUUUUGGCUGUUGACUACCGGGGCUUUGGAGACAGUGGCGGUCAGCCAGACGAAGCCGGCUUAGAGCUGGAUGCUUACACUGCAUUCCAGUGGUUGGUUGACCAUGGAUCUUUGCCUAUGGAUAUCCUUAUCGUUGGUCACAGUUUGGGAACGGCAGUCGCUAGUAACUUGGCGAAGCGACUAGUACAAGAAAACAUCAAACCGAGAGGUCUUUCCUUACUUGCGCCUUUCUCUAGUCUUUCCGUCGUAGUCGAGACCUAUCCGUUGUUCGGUGUACCCAUCUUGCAGCCCCUUCAGAGUUUCUCUCUCGGUCGCAAAUUGAUGAAACGUCUUAUACGUGAAGAAUUUAACACCUUGUCUAUUCUGCAAGAAUUGAAUAUGCCUAUUUUCGUCGCCCAUGCUACGUCCGACGUUGAGAUUCCUCAUUGGCACUCUCAGACACUUAUUGAACAUCUAUUGAAUCCCAUCCUUCCGCCUUCUCUCAAUAUUCCUUCUGCUCCAGGCAAUACGUUGAGCGAAGAAGCAUUUAAGGCUUACAAAGAAUCCAUGGCCAAACGACAUGAGGCUCGGGCGCUCCUAGUCAAGAAGAAGGAGGUCGAGAAAUUUGGCUUCGUAGAAGAGUUCGAGGUUCGUGGGCACAAGAUCACUUAUGUUGAAACACAUUGGGGAGCGCACAAUCUCGUGGGCCUACAGGAGGGUGUUCAGGAUGAAAUGGGGCAGAUGUUCGGAUUGGGAGCUAUCUAGACAGCAUCAAGAUUCCUGUCAACCUCUUUUCGUUCAGCCACUGCUUUAUUUUUCGGUACUUCUGCAUUUGUAGAUUAUAUAGUAUACCAUGGAACAACCUACAUGUAGAGUACAUGUAAUUAUAGUACCCUAAAGUUGUGAAUGAUCACUACGAAAUUCAUAGGGCAUCAUGUAGUGCCAAGCCUGCAAGAAGAUCUAGCAUGCAGGGUAACCUCGAAUCAUUUUCAUGGAGCCGAUCUCCGUACCAGAGGCAUAUCUCUAUCUACGAUAAUGAGAGGGGAAACGGAAUAUUGUAGAUAUGUAAGACAUUGAGG